AUGAAUAAAUACCCAAACUGCUCUGCUAACCACACAAAAAUCUGGAAUCAUUAUUUAGUGCUUGCCCUGGGCAUCCCCCAGGUGACCAUUAACAUAGCAUCUGUCAUCUUCAACUGCACCGUCAUCUUCACCAGAGUGGCCACGAAGGAUCUGCACAAGCCUAUCUCUAUCCUCUUCUGCAACCUGGCUUUGUCUGAUCUCUUCACCAGCUUCUCUGGCUUCUGGAUUUCAACGCUGUUCAUCAAGAACCCUGACAUCACAAUCUUUGGCUCCAAGGAUAUGCUCGCACCUUAUGCCUUGUACACCAUGUCCAUUCUAUCCACCAUCUACAACCUGGUAAGCAUUGGAAUUGAACGCUAUCUGGCUGUGGCUGAAAGCAUGAGGACAAGGUUCAGAGUUGCUAGAAACCAUUCCAUAGCUGCAGUUUUCAUUAGCUGGUGCACUGCUUUCUUUUUUGGCUGCUUGCCACUGAUGGGAUGGAACUGCUUGCACACAGAAAAAAAUGUCUCUGUCUUCUACAGCCCAUUUUGUGUUAAUUACCUCCUCUUCAUCGGCAUUCCCAAUGUUGUGCUGGCUUUUAUUAUACCUCUCUUCACUUACCUCAGAAUCAUUAUCAUCCUGAGGAAAAGAAAGCUGAGAAUGAAAGCGUGUGGACAAGCAACCGGCACCUACAAAUCAGCUGAAAUCCAGGUUGCCAGAACCAGUAUUUUUAUUUGGCUCCUGGCAUUGAUCUCCUACGCUCCCUUUUUUGCAGGAGUCAUAUUUGACGCAACCAACUACAGGUGUCAGGUUGACCUCUACCCAGGAGCCUACAUCUUCCGAAACUGCACCGCUAUGCUGAUAACCAUGAACUGUUUGGGAAACCCCAUCAUAUACACCCUGAAAAUCAAAAUUCUGGGGGCUAAACUCAAGGCUCUGAAAUGCUUCGCUACCAACCACGUCCAAGCCUGCACCAUCGAGAACAUCUAG